CUCUGGGUAAAAAAAGUAGACCCAGUGGCCCCUUUAAACAGUUUUAACACUCACCAUCAUCCAAAAUAACAGGAAAAAAUAUAUUGAUUUUACUGUUCUACGAUUUAAUUUGCUACGGAUAUAUUUGCAGUAUAUUUAAAAUUCCUCAGACCACGAUAGCGCUGUGAAACAUUUAAAGUCAGGAUGUGGAAAUUUGAAACAAAAACACAAAAAGCGCUGGGAAGACUCAGGAGAUGAAGGCAGAAUGUGUGGAGAGAACCUCAGGCCUUGACUCUGCUUUGAGUUUGCAGCAUUGUCAUGUUUUGAAAUGGAUUAACUUUUCGCCUCCCGCACAGCAUUUCUAUUGGAGGGCUCCUCGAGUUGGUUACCUAUAGCAACGGGACGCCGAGCGAAUCGACACAAAGUAACCAUAGCAACGAUUGAACCGCAAAAGUCGCAACUUCAGGAGCCGGGGAGGGGAAGUGGCUGAUACACUGUAACCUUGGCUUAUCCCGUAAGAGCGCCUGGCAUCACCCCGCGAAAAGAGAAUCCAGAGUUAACGCUUCCAGCCUGACAUUUGAGUUGAUUGAUUAUUAUCACGUAACGAGCGACGGUGGAAAGUGCUGCUUUGCGUGAAAUACAAACAGAUGGUACCAUACAAAGUGCAUCAGUAGCGGAAUACAGAGUGCAGAGUACAGUGUUACAGCCGCAGAGAAGGACAAGUCACAGAAUACCUAAUGGAGAAUAAUGUAAUCAUGGAAGAAUCUGAGGAGCCAAAACAAAGGGAAGAACAUCAGUCCCAGAGUUUGAUUAAGGUUGAUGAUUUAAUGCCAGAAAUUGAUGUGUUUCCCACAGCUUUAUCUGAGGAACAACUGGAAGCAGCUACAGAGAAAGCCCGACAAAAUUUCUUUGGAUCCAGUGGGAUUUUUCACCUGGAUGAUAUUGUUGAGAAAAAUGAUACAGUUUCAAUCAUAAUAAAUGAUCGGGCUAAAGAACAUUGUCUAAAAGGAAACCAUUUUCUUCAGCUUGGGGAUCUGGAGGAAGCUGUGAUUUCGUUUAGUAAAGCGAUUGCACUAAACCCUCAGAUGAAAGAGUUUUAUUUGAGAAGGGCUGAGGCAUAUCUCCAAAUUGGCGAUUUCCAGUCUUCUAUUGUCAACUACAGAAUGGCCAGUUCUUUGGAUCCCUCAGAUGAAGACCUGCGAUCACAGAUAGCACUCACCCUGUACAUCCAGGGUCAAAGUCUUUUUGAAAUGAAAUUAUAUAUGGAUGCCUUAGAGGUUUUUGUGCAAGCUUCGGAGAUGCAACUUGAAAAUCAUCAUUACCACAUGCGAAGUGUCGAGGCCUUGAUUGCAUUGGGAAGACUUGAAGAUUCUCUUCAACUGGUCAACGAACAACUUGAGAAUGUAAAGACCAAUCCUGAGCUCUAUAUUCUUCGUGCCAGACUGCACGAUCAUUUUAACCAAAUAGCUAAUUGUUAUCAAGAUGUUAGUAGUGCCCUGGCUUUGGAUCCGACCCAUCAGGAGGCAUUAUCACUAAUGGCUACUCUGGUGAGUAGAGCUGAAGAAGCAAAGAUGCGAGCGAUUAACAAAUCCCUGAUUGGCAACUUAAAGAGUGCACUGGACAACAUCAAUGAAGCUAUCGACAAUAACCCCAAUAAAGUAGACUAUUUUGUCUUCAGGGGAACCCUGUAUAGGAAAUUCAAGAAUUUUAAUGCUGCUAUUGAUGACUACCUCUUCAUCUUGGACAAAUUAAGUAAGACAAAGGAGAGUGAUAUCUACCUGGAGACUCAGAAACAACUCCUUCUAACAUACAAUGACUUUGCAGUGCACUGCUACCACAAAGGGUUUUUUGAAGAGGCGAUUACUCUCUUAAACCUGUGUAUUAGGGGAGAAAAGCAGCAAAAGGGGCUGUACAUCAACCGAGGGGGUAAGGAUGAUGACACUUGCUCUAAGGAAGAGUAUUGCUUGCAGGGAUCUGCAACUGCACAGAUUUCAUUAACUGUUUCAGCAUACAUUAAAUUUUCCUUUGUUUCAUUUGGAACCAGGAACUAUCAGCAGGCUGAACAGCAAUUUACCCAUGCCAUUGAGAGCAAUCCACAGGUGUCGCAAUACUACCUCCACAGGGCGAAAACACGAGCUAUUCUGCAGCAAAUAUCUGGUUCCCAGGAAGAUGCAAUCAUCUCAUUGCUGUUGGAUGUAAGAAAUAAAGAGGUUAUUCCACUUUUAACACAUCUCUUCCCUGGAAAAUCCAGAGAUGAGAUUUUGGCCAGUAAGAUUGUAGCAUCUGCAAGAGCAACGUUAAAUGCUAGCCUCUAUUCCUGUGCAUCUCCUGUCAGGAAAAAGAUUCAGGAAAGAAGGACCCUCACAACAAAUCAAGCCUGUGAGAAUGUAGACAGAGAGAAAGAUGUACAGAAGGCAGAAAGUAAUUUUGUGCCUUGUAUAAAAGAAGCAGAUCUGUAUAAAGAAAUUGUUGAGAGAAAGAAAAUGCUCACUCAAGAGAUCAGAGACUCUCUUCAUUAUAGGAAACCCCUGCUGAUUGACAGACCAAACAUUAGUAUGAUUUUAAAACCGCUAGCUAACCCCAACCAAAGUUCAGAAGCUGCAUCACCCAACAAGCUGUGCAAGUGGAAGAGCUCUACAGACACCAACUGAGCAAUUCAAGUAACCCUUCAAUGCUUCUUCAGUCAAUUCAAUUAAUUCAUUUAAUAAAAUUACAACACUAAUGUUUGCAAAUACACUACAGUUAAAUAGAUAUUUAAAUAUCAGACAUGAUUGUACAGCACUAUACAUUGUGCACAGAAUUAGAAUUGGCAUGAAAUGCUUUAUAUUUGAUUUUUAUAACAAAAAAAAGCACCAGUAGAAUUGAAUGGUUUGUAUCUACCAGCAUUUGUAAACGCAGUCAAAAAGCAACUUAUCCGCACAUAUAACUGCAUGGAAACGAGAGCAGUUUAAAUGCAUCUCCACUGCCAGACUGAUGUGGAAUGUGAGAUGUGUAUCCCCACUUUUUUUUUGCUAUUAUUAAAAGCACAAAUUAUUUGACUUUCAAAACUGUCUUAUUUAUAAUUUAAAGGUCUAAAGAAAUCUUUCCAGCCCACUGCCCAUUUUAUCGAAACAAAAUACAAAACCCAAUGUAACAAAAUGCACAAACAUAAUGUAGGAUGUUGUUCAUGACAAAUCUUUCUCUGCUAAUUGAAGAGG